GUUUGUCUUGACAUGCCCCGAACAUGCCAUUCCGAACAUUAAAAUAUGGUUGAUUAAUCGGACUGAACCUUCGUACAUUGUGGAGCAAAACAUUAUAUACUAAGUAGGGACUUCUCGGAGACUUUUUUUUCUUCGUUAUUAUUCGACGCACUCUCCUUGUGCUUUGGUCUGCGAGUCCGUCCAAAACCCGCGGCACCGCCUUUUGUUCAUACCGGUACAACUUCGUGCAAUUUGCCAGGUGGUAAAGGUAAGCUAGUCUAGAGCUAGAAAAGUCUAGAACUAGAAUACCAGCGCAUAAACUCUGCCGGCUAGGAUUGUUGCGUCUUACUUUUGUUUGACAGGGGUCUCGGAAUCUCGGAGCCACAACGUUGUGCCGGAGUCAAUGGACCCCUAAACCACCGUACCAUUCAUAUCAGCCUCCGCACAAUAUUACCCGCGGACGGAGGCAUGCGUCUCAUUAGUUGGUAAACUUCCUAGUUUUUGACAAUUCCCAAUUGUUUUUUUUUAUUCAUUUGAAACUCCGUUAGGAUCUCACAUGUAGUUUCUCAGCGGUGGCUAUUUCACCUACCUAUCAUACCGAUCGAUCGAUCUUAUCUUUUGGGCUGGUGGUGUGAGCCCCCCUCAGCAACAAACCAAGCUGGUAUUUUGAACCAACAGACGCUCAAGCGUCAUGAAUUUCACUCAAGACAUCCACAGUGCUUCCACAGCCUAUGAUACCUCACCAGGAGGGACAGACUCCUCGGACCGACCCAGGACUGGGGUUCUUAGGCGGUCUUGUGAGGCGUGUCGGGCGCUGAAAGCCCGCUGUAUCCACGUUCCAAACUCAGGAUCCAGGUGCUGCAAAAGAUGUAUGGACCAUGGCAUCGAUUGUGUGUUCGAGGAAGCCAUUGCCAGGCCAAAGAGAGCCCGUACCAGUGCUCGGACCCGAGUAAAAGAUGUCGAGGAAAAGAUAGACAGUCUCAUAGCCCUCAUCGCCGCCAGGAAAGAGCCCCAGACGCAAGUGAUGGACAAGACCGCCCCCAACUUGAAAAUGUCAAAUUUCUUGGACUCUGAAGGAAACUUUUCCUUCCCCAGCAUCGUCAACGACUCUGGUCUGAUGUUUACACCGUCUGGUUUUCCAACCACCUCACCAAUGGCGGACAUGGCUCUGACAUCCAACGUGAACGAUGUCUUCUCUAAAGGCAUCGUCACAUUUGAGGCAGCACAAGGCUACUUGCAAGCUUUCAUUGCCGAUGCUGCGCUGUUUCCUUUCGUUGUGAUUUCGCCACACAUGACGCUGGAUUUUCUAAGAAGAGAAAGGCCUUGUUUACUGCUUGCCAUCAUGGUUGUUUGCUCCCAAGGCUCUGUUCAGGAGAAGUUGAUUGUGGAGUUCAAGAAUUAUAUCGCACAGCAUGUCAUCAUUGAGGCUCGCAGGGGCGUCGACGCUGUACAGGGGUUGAUUGUUUACUGCAACUGGCACAAUAGAUGCAGCAAUCUCUCUAUCCAACAGCUAUAUCAACUUACUCAACUCGCAGUCACUCUGGCUGGGGAUUUUGGACUGCCUUCACUCGCAACCAUCAGAGAGAUGAACAGCAGCAACGCGAAAAUGUCACGGUCCAUUCGAGACCUUAACUCGCAGUAUCUUGACGAGCUAGAGAGGAUAAGGACAUACCUCGGGUGUUAUCACGUCUCGCACGGCAUGUCGAUCGGUGUCAGGAAGCCCACACAUCUCCUGCACAGCAGAAGGAUAGAGGAAGCCGCCAAGAUGAUUGCAAGCCUUGAACAGACAGCGAGCGACACUCUGAUACCGCAUCUCAUCCGCCUCCAACGUUUCGCAGAGGACGUCCAGAGGACCUUUGACUAUAACGACCCCGAUGGCCUUGAUGAGAUGGAUGGUCUCAAACUGCGAGCCACGGUCACCAUGCUCGAUCGACAACUUUCACAAGUACUCGAGGCCAUGCCACUUGAAGUGCGCCAAAACACCCACAUUCAACUCGAGGCGAAGUUCCUCCGCAUUUAUAUCUCAGAGAUUGGCCUCCAGAUACCAAUCGGCCACAUGAAAUUAGACGGGCGUUGCUGUGACUGGUGCUCUUCAGCCCAUCGCACAGAGCUCAUUAUCACAUGCAUGCGCGCCACCCAGAAGUAUCUCGACUAUUACUUUGCUCUCCCGGAUGCUGCAUUCUCACAGCUCAACGUCUUGCAGGUCGGUCGGCACAUGUACGCAACAACAAUGCUGGCCCGGGUCAUGAUGCGCGACCAGAUUGGGAAGCUCGACAUGGCUCUCCUGGGCGAACUCGCAGCCGCCCCCGCCUAUGUCCAGGCUUCGGAGCGGAAACUCGCAAGACUCAUCACCACGAUGCCGUGCGGCAAGCAAAAGCAGGACAUGAUCUGGUUAUUCUAUCGGAUAUUCAAAUUGGCAUCCGAUUGGUUUGAGGGAGCGGCGGAAACAGGCCAGUCGAACGUCAUGGAUUUUGAUACUUGCAUUGCGGGCUUCGAUAUCAACCAAAUCAUACUCAGCCCUGUGCGCAAGGGUGAAUGUGAUUCUCUAGUUCCGACACCGGCCACCAUGGAAUGUUUACACGAGCUGUCGACAACCCCAGAGGCUGUAUCUGAGCAGCCAGGGCCCGAGACAGCGGAGGUGCCGUUAUUUUCGAACCAAGAGAUGCUGUGGACGACAGAUCUCAGUGAUUUUUCUCCACCAGAUAACAAUAAUUGGUUCAGUAUCUGAUAUGCUUUGUGUUUUCUGUUCUUUCUUCGAUCAAUUUCAUUUGUUACCGGUUUGCAGUAAAUGUCUGUGUUUUAGGCCCUGAGGCAGUCCUUCUGAUCAUGUAUGAAAGUACAAUUUUGUGUUAUUCGCCAGUGCAGCGUUCAAUAAAUAACGAAACAAGUAACGU